AUGCUCUACAAAGCCGCGAUUGGGAUGUCGCAGCCUAAAGAGAGCGGCAUUCUCUUUGACGGCUCCACGUUGUCGAUCCAGGGCGCAUUAUUGGAUUCAAUUAGCAAAAGUGUACUCGAAAUGCCAAAGGGGACAUUUGAACUGUCGAAUAGCCAGUGGCUUAUCGAUGUCCUGAUUCCAUGGAUUAAAACCACGAGAGAUGCUUUGACAGAUACGGCUAUCUACAAGGAAAUCCCUUAUCAAGGCUUUCAACUUCCAAUAGUCGAGGACAUCAGAGACACUUUAGGAGACCCAUCUGUUCAAAAGGACCUCGCCCGACAAACCUCCGAAGUGAUUGCCAUACUCCGCACCGCAGUCGCAGAUCGCCGAAAACCAAUGCCAUGGACGCAAGUCCCAAGCCGUCGACUGAACCAAGUAGAGGACGCGAUUGCUCUCAGUGAGAUAUCCGCCUCUAUCCUUACCAACAAGGCCCCUAACCACAUGUCUAAGGCCGCUUCUGAAUCCAUCAACGAGCUACGGAACGAUGGAUUCUUUUUACUCUGGCGAAUGUUCGUGACUGAGAAUGGCUAUCUGGGCCUGACACGACUAGGAGUCCAGACGGGAGAUAUUGUGUGCUUGUUCCCGAACGCUAGCACGCCUUAUGUGCUGCACCCGUUCGAGGUGAAUGAGAAUGGUACAGUACAGAAUUAUCGGCUUGUUGGUGACGCAUAUGUACAUGGGAUCAUGGACGGAGAAUAUACCCCUUCUGAUGCCGCAUAUAGAGUAUUUGAUAUCGUUUGA